GUCUGCGGCGUCGAGGGGGACCCUGUAAGACAGAGCCCGCCACCGACCUCCGCCGCUGGCGGCUCAGCAAUGAGAAGGGGAGGCAGGUGUGGACGUAUUUUCAAGAAGAGGAAAACCCUGGACGAGAGCAGACUGGGCUGGAAGCGCAUUUACUGGGACUGGACACCGGGAGUUACUUUAAGGAUUUGCCCAAAGCCCACACGGCCUUCGAGGGGGCUCUGAAUGGGAUGACGUUUUACAUGGGGCUGCAGGCCGAGGACGGGCACUGGGCGGGUGAUUACGGUGGCCCGCUUUUCCUCCUGCCAGGCCUCCUGAUCGCAUGCCAUGUGGCGCGCAUCCAUCUGCCGGCUGGAUAUAGAGAAGAGAUGGUACGGUACCUGCGGUCGGUACAGCUCCCUGACGGCGGCUGGGGCCUGCACGUUGAGGACAAGUCCACAGUGUUUGGGACUGCGCUCAACUAUGUGUCUCUGAGGAUUCUGGGUGUUGGGCCUGAUGAUCCUGACUUGGUACGAGCCCGGAACAUUCUUCAUAAGAAAGGUGGUGCUGUGGGUGUGCCAUCCUGGGGGAAGUUCUGGCUGGCUGUUCUGAACGUUUACAGCUGGGAAGGCCUCAACACCCUGUUCCCAGAGAUGUGGCUGUUUCCUGACUGGGCACCUGCACAUCCCUCCACGCUCUGGUGCCACUGUCGGCAGGUUUACCUGCCCAUGAGCUACUGCUAUGCCAUCCGGCUGAGCGCUGAGGAGGACCCGCUGGUCCAGAGCCUCCGCCAGGAGCUCUACGUGGAGGACUAUGCCAGCAUCGACUGGCCGGCACACAGGAACAGCGUGGCCCCUGACGAGCUGUACACGCCGCACAGCUGGCUGCUCCGCGUGGUGUAUGUGAUCCUCAACCUGUACGAGUGCCACCACAGUGCCAGCCUGCGGCAGCGGGCCGUCCAGAAGCUGUACGAGCACAUUGCGGCUGACGACCGCUUCACCAAGUGCAUCAGCAUUGGCCCGAUCUCAAAAACCAUCAACAUGCUCGUGCGCUGGUAUGUGGACGGGCCAGCCUCCCCUGUUUUUCAGGAGCACGUCUCUAGGAUUUGUGAUUACCUCUGGCUGGGCCUUGAUGGUAUGAAAAUGCAGGGCACCAACGGCUCCCAGGUCUGGGACACGGCAUUUGCCAUCCAGGCGAUGCUGGAGGCAGGUGCACAACAUCGGCCCGAGUUUUUGUCCUGCCUGCAGAAGGCACAUGAGUUUCUCCGUAUCUCACAGAUCCCAGACAGCCCGCCCAACUACCAGAAGUACUACCGCCAGAUGAACAAGGGUGGCUUCCCCUUCAGCACGGUGGAUUGUGGCUGGAUCGUUGCUGACUGCACAGCUGAGGCCUUGAAGUCCAUCCUUCUCCUGCAGGAAGAGUGUUCCUUUGUCACCAAGCAUGUCCCACGAGAGCAGCUCUUUGAUGCUGUUGCUGUGUUGCUGAACAUGAGAAAUCCCGAUGGAGGGUUUGCCACCUAUGAGACCAAGCGUGGGGGGCGCUUGCUGGAGCUGCUGAACCCCUCGGAGGUCUUCGGGGACAUCAUGAUCGACUACACGUAUGUGGAGUGCACCUCGGCCGUGAUGCAGGCGCUGAAAGUUUUCCACAAGCACUUUCCGGACCACAGGCCCGAGGAGAUCAGGGAGACCCUCGAGCAGGGCCUGGAGUUCUGUCGGCAGCAGCAGAGGGCUGACGGCUCCUGGGAAGGCUCCUGGGGGGUGUGCUUCACCUACGGCACGUGGUUUGGGCUGGAAGCUUUUGCCUGCAUGGGGCAGACCUAUCGAGAUGGGGCUGCCUGUGUGGAGAUCUCCCGGGCCUGCGACUUCCUGCUGUCCCAGCAGAUGGAGGACGGAGGCUGGGGGGAGGACUUCGAAUCCUGUGAGCAGCGGUGUUAUGUGCAGAGUGCCCAGUCCCAGAUCCACAACACGUGCUGGGCCCUAAUGGGGCUGAUGGCUGUCAGGCAUCCUGGAGUAGCAGCCCUGGAGAGAGGGGUCAGGAGUCUGCUUAGGAAACAGCUCCCCAACGGCGACUGGCCCCAGGACAACAUGAACGGGGUCUUCAACAAGUCCUGUGCCAUCCACUACACGAGCUACAGGAACGUCUUCCCCAUCUGGGUCCUUGGCCGCUUCUCUCGCCUGUACCCUGAGAGUGGCCUCGCCGGCCACCCUUGAGAGCACACCUGUGAGCACCUGGCUGGGGGCGGUG